AUGCCCGGGCGUGGUGGUAAUUUUUUCAGAAACCUCUGGUCCGACAACCGGAGGACACCAUGUCGAUGGAUAGGAUGCAGCACUGCGAAUUACAUAUGCAACCACGAAAAAAAAACUGCUGCAGGUCGUGGCUGUCCAAGUUCCCGACGAGGUCCAAGCGCAUCGACGUCAUCUCACGGAUCUUCUUCCCCAUCGUAUUCGCUUUCUUCAAUCUCGCGUACUGGUCCACGUACCUGUUUCGGGAGGAAGAACAGGACGAGUGAACGUCGACGAGGAAGCGCUCGGAUCAAGGAACGUGGCUCGCGGCCAUUCCCAUCAUACUCACACCACCACCACCACCACCACCAACCCCGCAGCAACCACCAACCCUGCCGCCACCGGCAAACCUCAUCAUCGUUCUCGUCCUCGUCACCACCAUCAACACCGUCAGCAACCACCACCGCCACCGCAACUACCCCACCAUUGUCACCUGCAUCAUCAACACCAACAUUAUCAACAUCAACACACAGCGACUGCAGCAGCCACCGCCGCCGGCUUCGUCGUUGCUUCAACAUCGUCAAACGUUGCCCUCGCACCACAGGCACAAACAACACCACCACCACCAUCCAACGCAACGUUACCACCUGCAUCGACAUCCGCAGCAAUAUCAACAACAACCGAGGUCCGCGUCGUUCUCGUCGCUGCGCAACGUGGUCGAAGGGAUGACAACGACGACGACGACGACAACGGCGGCGGCGACGACUGGCUGCCGAUGCACGUCGCCCGCGACGAGGAGCUCGCGGCACUCGUUGAAAAGCCUCGCGAGAUCCUCGCCCUCGCCUUCGCCCUCGCCCUCGCCCACACCAUCCCCAUCGCCGACUACGUCUCGCAGAGCGACGCCGUCACCGCCCGCGGCGGCUGUCCGCACGAUCCCGCCGCAGGACAUCAUCCGCAGCCGUUUUCAACGACUCCCGGUGGCCCGUGGCACAGCCGAGCCGAGCUACUGGGGCCUUCUACCGAGACGUUGGUUCACCUGCCGAGCGAAAGGCACCGCCGGGAUCGACUUUGUCUCGCGUAUCGCUUUCCCUCUCAUGUUUUUGCUCUUCAAUCUCGGAUACUGGUCCACCUAUCUGUUCCAAGGUGA